UAAGAAGUGCUCCUGCCCUAGAAGUAGACUCAGGGCAGAGGAAGGACGGACAGCAGACCAACAGUCACGGCAGCCCUGACAAGAGCGUUCCUGGAAACCGAGCUCUUCUCCAUAGAGGACAGAGCAGGCAGCAGAGACCAUGAGGCUCCCCUCAGCCCCUUCCCACAGAUGGCGCAUCCCCUGGCAGAGGCUCCUGCUCAUAGCCUCGCUUCUAACCUUCUGGAACCCGCCCACCAGUGCCCAGCUCACUAUUGAAUCCGUGCCAUCCAAUGCUGCAGAGGGGAAGGAGGUUCUUCUACUCACCCACAAUCUGCCCCAGAAUAUUGCUGGCUUCAACUGGUACAAAGGGCAAAGCGUGGACGGCAACCGUCGAAUUAUAGGAUAUGUAAUAGCAACUCAACUAACUACCCCAGGGCCCGCAUACAGCGGCCGAGAGACAAUAUACCCCAAUGCCUCCCUGCUGAUCCAGAACGUCACCCUGAAUGACACAGGAUUCUACGCCCUGCAAGUCAUAAAGGCGGAUCUUGUGAAUGAAGAAGCAGCUGGCCAGUUCCGUGUAUACCCGGAGCUGCCCAAGCCCUACAUCAACAGCAACAACUCUGACCCCGUGGAGAACAGGGAUGUUGUGGCCUUAACCUGUGAGCCUGAGACUCAGGACACAACCUACCUGUGGUGGGUAAAUGGUCAGAGCCUCCCUGUCAGCCCCGGGCUGCAGCUGUCCAGUGACAACAGGACCUUCACUCUAUUCAAUAUCACAAGAAAUGACACAGGACCCUACGAAUGUGAAACCCAGAACCCAGUGAGUGCCCACCGCAGUGACCCAGUCACUCCGAAUGUCCUCUAUGGCCCGGAUGCCCCCACCAUUUCCCCUCUAGACACAUCUUACAGAUCAGGGGAAAAUCUGAACCUCUCCUGCCACGCAGCCUCUAACCCACCUGCAGAGUACUCUUGGCUUGUUAACGGAACAUCACUCCAGAUAAACACACAGGAGCUCUUGAUCCGCAACAUCACUGUGGAUCACAGCGGAUCCUAUAUGUGCUAUGUCCAAAACUCAGCCACUGGCCUCAACAGGACCACAGUCAAGAUCAUCACAGUCUCUGAGCUGCCCAAGCCCUACAUCACCAGCAACAACUCCAGCCCUUUGGAGGACGAGGAUGCUGUGGCCUUAACCUGUGAACCAGAGACUCAGAACUCAACCUACCUGUGGUGGGUAAAUGGUCAGAGACUCCCUGUCAGCCCCAGGCUGCAGCUGUCCAGUGACAACAGGACCCUCACUCUACUCAGAGUCACAAGGAAUGACGCAGGACCCUAUGAGUGUGGAAUCCAGAACCAAUUGAGUGUUGACCGCAGUGACCCAGUCACCCUGAAUGUCCUCUAUGGCCCGGAUACUCCCAUCAUUUCCCCCUCAUACAGCCAUUACCAUCCAGGGGUAAACCUCAACCUCUCCUGCCAUGCAGCCUCUAACCCACCUGCACAGUAUGCUUGGCUGAUUGAUGGGAGCCUCCAGCACAACACAGGAGAGCUCUUUGUCUCCAACAUCACUGAGAAGAACAGUGGACUCUAUACCUGCCACGCCAAUAACCUGGCCACAGGCCGCAACAGGACCACAGUGAAGACAAUCACAGUCUCCGCGGAGCUGCCCAAGCCCUACAUCAACAGCAACAACUCCAACCCCGUGGAGAACAAGGAUGUUGUGGCCUUAACCUGUGAACCUGAGACUCAGAACUCAACCUACCUGUGGUGGGUAAAUGGUCAGAGCCUCCUGGUCAGUCCCAGGCUGCAGCUGUCCAGUGACAACAGGACCCUCACUUUACUCAGCAUCACAAGGAAUGACAAAGGACCCUAUGAGUGUGAAAUCCAGAACCCAGUGAGUGUAAACCGCAGUGAUCCCGUCACCCUGGAUGUCUUCUAUGGCCCGGACACCCCCAUCAUUUCCCCUCCAGACUCAUCUUACCGUUUAGGAGCAAACCUCAACCUCUCCUGCCACUCGGCCUCUAACCCACCCCCGAAGUAUUCUUGGUAUAUCAAUGGGACGUCGCAGUCAAACACACAAGUGCUCUUCAUCCCCCAAAUCACUUCAAGUCAUAACGGGGUCUACGCCUGUUUUGUCUCUAACUCAGCGACUGGUCGCUAUAAUUCUACAGUCAAGAAAAUCACAGUCUCCGUACCAGACAAUUCAAUUGUCUCAGCUGGGACCACUGUCAGCAUCAUGACUGGAGUGCUGGCCGCGGUGGCUCUGACAGCAGCCCUGGUGUAGUUUCUGCAUUUCAGGAAGACUGGUAGACAGCUGUGAUUCUUCCUUAAAGCAUUUGCAACCAGCUACAGUCUAAAAUUGCUUCUUUGUCAGGGAUAUUUAUAGAAAAGACUCUGGCCUGUACUCUGGAAUACAAGUUUCUGAUAAUAUACAGAUCAUAUCAUUGGACUGUCUGAGAAUUUCCAAAACUUUAAUGAACAAACUGAUUGCUUCAUGAAACCGUCCACCAAGAUCAAGCAGAGAAAAUAAUUGAUUUCACAGGACUAAAUGAACUAAUGAGGACAAUAUUUUUAUGAUUUUUUAUUUGAAAUUUUGCUGAUCCUUUAAAUGUCUUGUUUCCCAUAUUUCAGGAAAGAUUUUUUUAAGUUAUCCAUAGCUUACAGCAAUUUGAUAAAAUAUACUUUUGUGAAUAAAAAUGGAGACGUUUACAUUUCCUUCCUACGUGACUGCUCCAGACUUGGGAAACUAUUUAUGGCUGUUUAUAUUGCAUGGUAAUAUAAUUAUUGCACAAGUUCAAUAAAAAUCUGAUUUUUUUAUAACAGAAUACAUUUGAAAACAUUGGUUAUAUUACCAUUCUAUUGACUAGAAUGUCAUAUUUUAGGAUAUACAGAGAAUAAGCCCCUAAGUACCGCAGACAAAGUCUGGAGUCAGCCUUAGUUUGGCUUCCUAGUGUCAAGAGGUUUCUAAGUUUAAUCUGAGAUUCCUUAUAAAAACUUCCAGCAAACCAAACCUUUAAAAAGUCUAUGUGGUCAGUCUCCACUGUUGCUGCAGUUAUAUGAAAAGAAUGAGGCCAAGUUUGAUGAGAAUAAACUUAUUUUGCAAACAAAUUUGCCUUACUGGGAUUAUCUUUGGUAGAAAGAGAGAUGCCUAUGGAGAGAAAUUAUAUUGAAAAGAAAAACUAUAGUACACCUGUUAUGAGACUGUCGCUUUGUACAUUGUUACGGAGCUUCUAUUAUCCACCUGUAGACUAGAGUGGACCCUGAAUUCUUCCAGUGUCUCAAUCCCAUUUUCUCCCAUGGAAUCGCUAAGAACAAAAUCUGCUCUGUUCCUGAAGCUCUGUAAGCUAGAGAUGGACAACACAACAUAAAUUUCAUGGGAAAACACUCGUGCCUAAGGUGUGGGCCACUCAGAGUUCACCAAUAAGUUCAACGCCGUAACGACAGAGACUGAAACUGCACACCAGGACAAGAAGUUGACAACUUUGCACUGUGGACAGCUUUCCCAAGACAUCAGAACAAGACUUCCCGUCAUGAUGAGGCUCCUACCCUGCUUAAUUUGUCUUUGCUCAUGCCUGCCUCUUUCCCUUGGCAGGAUAAUACUAUAAUUAGAAUUUCAUAGGAAGUAGCUUCUGAAGGCAGCUUAACAGAGUGUCAGAUCUAUCAUGCCACCCCCAAAUUUUUACAUAAGAGAUCCUUUAGUCCACUCAGUGGCUGCCAUUAGCAGCAUCUUUAACCCAACUCUUUGUUCAAAUGUACCACGGUCCCUUUUAGAGUUACACUUUUGGACUCACUUGUUCUCACUCCCUGCUUUAAUGUAACCCAGCCACGAGAUGCUAGAUAAUGGAAUUGCUUCCUACUAGCUGAACAGGACGAAGUCUGUGCUGUUUCUGACGCUUUCUGUUUAACAUAGAUAAAUACAGAGACUCAGUUGCAGAAAUUAACAAACGUGCUGCUUGGUUAAAAUGGGUAGACUCCUCCGGCUCAUUCUUUGAUCUAUUCCAUUUUAGUUGGUUUGCAUCUUGCCUAAGGUGCACAUCCCAAACUCUUGGUGUUAUCCUCCUGAUAGUCACGCCAGUAGUCUCCCUGGUGUGCCGUAUUCUCUAAAAGCUUUAAACGUUUCCGUGCAGCUGUCCCUCAAAUGUCAAAUCGUAUCUCUUUGGCUGGAAUGACAAGACUCAAAGGAAUGAGGGAUCAGGAGGACAUCAUAACCUAUGAAUGAUGGAAGCCCAAAAUGAUGGUAGCUGAGAAUAAUGUCAGUGCUUUAAGUUUUGGUCGCACUUCACCUAAAUGAGAGCAUAGAGACUCCAGAACAGGGCCACUGAUGCUAAAUGUUACGUACUCCAACUGAAAUUUUAAGAAAGCAGAUAGAUCCCAAAACAGACCAAUUAAAAAAAAAAAAAGGAGAUUCCAAUCUACUUGAGUUAACAUAAGAAGGAAGUCCCCUUUGCUUUUAUUUUUAUAAAAAAGUAAUCUGAAUUAACCUGAUGUUAACCAAUCUAUUUAUUUCCACUGCUCUUUUCUUGUUCAAAUUUGACAAACUCACUGUUCUGUUAUUGUAUUGCUCAGGGGGAGCUAUCGCUGUAUUUUUAAAGGGGAAGCUGCCUUAAAUUAUAAAUCCUAAAUAAAAGCCAAUUUGAUGUACAACUGAAUGUGUUGUAACUUUGUUUUAUGAUACACAUUCACAGCCAGUGAUGGCCAGUGGAGUCACUCAGACUUCGUCAUUCUCACCCUGACCCUCCUGCCUUCCUCUUUCACUUACAAGAACCCUUCUGAUUACACUGAGCCCACCCAGAUUAUCCAGAAUAACCCCCCAUCUCAAGAUUCUUAAAUUCAUCUUAUCUGCAAAGUCUUUUUGCAAAAUAAAGUUAACAUGCACUGGC